AUGCACAUGCACACAACAGACGCUGAACUCCAAAGUACCGCUUCCAUCUCCCUGACACCUGCCCACAGGUUUACUCUUUCUUGGCAAUGUGGUGCAGUCGUACGGUGCUACGUCGGCUCCAGCGGAUUGCUGUCACUCCACUGAAUAUCACCGGGGGUCUCACAAGCAACAUGCAGAGAGAGAUGUCGACCCUGCCUCGGGUGUAUGUCACCCGACAGAUCCCCCCUGAGGGUCUGAAGAUCCUCCGUGAAUCGGGACAAGUGCAGUUCCAGCUGUGGGACUCAGAUGACAUACCUGUGCCCAGGCAGGAGCUGCUUGAGAAGGUCAAAGGGGUCGAUGGUCUGCUCUGCGUGCUGACAGAGAAGAUUGAUGCAGAGUUGUUAGAAGCUGCAGGUCCAAACCUGAAAGUCCUCAGCACUAUGUCAGUGGGUUUUGACCAUCUCUCUCUGGAGGAGCUGAAGAAAAGAGGAAUCCGUGUAGGUUAUACCCCUGAUGUUCUGACAGAUGCUGUUGCUGAACUGACUGUAGCUCUGCUACUCACAACCUCCAGGAGGCUCAUAGAGGCCACACAUGAAGCCAAAACUGGUGGUUGGGGCACAUGGAGAACCCUGUGGCUGUGUGGAUAUGAGUUGGCCAACAGCACUGUGGGUAUUCUUGGCCUAGGGAGGAUCGGUGUUGCUAUCGCUGAGCGUCUGGCACCUUUCAAAGUAAAGAAGUUCAUUUACACAGAUGUGGCCCCCAGGCCUGAGCUGGCCAGUAUCAUCAAUGCAGAGUAUGUCUCUCUGGACGAGCUGGCGAAGCAGUCAGAUUUCCUGACUGUGUGCUGUGCUUUAACACCGGAAACAAAGGAGAUCUGCAACAAGGACCUCUUCUCCAAGAUGAAAAACACCUCCAUCUUUAUAAACACAAGCAGAGGUGGGGUAGUGAACCAGGAAGACCUGUAUGAGGCUCUGUCCACUGGGCAGAUCGCAGGAGCUGGAUUAGAUGUCACUGUCCCUGAGCCCCUACCCACCAACCACCCACUCUUUACCCUUAAAAACUGCGUGAUUCUACCACAUAUUGCAAGUGCCUCCUAUAGCACCCGUAAUGCCAUGUCUGCCCUAGCGGCUAACAACCUCCUCCUUGGUCUGCGGGGUGAGCCGAUGAUCAAAGAGCUGAAGCUCUAAGAAGAAAGUGGUUCCCCUCUUAGAACCAACUGAAUACUGGACCAUUCCUUCACAUACCUAGUUAUUUUAUAGAGGAAAAUAAAACCAACAAAAUCAA